AGGAGCAGGGACCUGGCAGCGGGCUAGGAGGCUGCGAGCUAGCCGCGAACCGGGCGGCGGGCGCGCGCACCAUGGGGGAGAAACCCGGGACCAGGGUCUUCAAGAAGUCGAGUCCCAACUGCAAGCUCACCGUGUACCUGGGCAAGCGGGACUUUGUAGAUCACCUGGACAAAGUGGAUCCCGUGGAUGGCGUGGUGCUAGCGGACCCUGACUACUUGAAGGACCGCAAAGUGUUUGUGACCCUCACCUGUGCCUUCCGCUAUGGCCGCGAAGACCUGGAUGUGCUGGGCCUGUCCUUCCGCAAGGACCUGUUCAUCGCCAACUACCAGGCCUUCCCCCCAACGCCCAACCCGCCCCGGCCCCCCACCCGCCUGCAGGACCGGCUGCUGAGGAAGCUGGGCAAGCAUGCCCACCCCUUUUUUUUCACAAUACCCCAGAACCUGCCCUGCUCUGUCACCCUGCAGCCAGGCCCAGAGGACACAGGGAAGGCCUGUGGGGUAGACUUUGAGAUUCGAGCCUUCUGUGCCAAAUCACUAGAAGAGAAAAGCCACAAAAGGAACUCCGUGCGUCUGGUGAUCCGAAAGGUGCAGUUUGCCCCAGAGAAACCCGGCCCCCAGCCUUCGGCUGAAACCACACGCCACUUCCUCAUGUCUGACCGGUCCCUCCACCUUGAGGCUUCCCUGGACAAGGAGCUGUACUACCAUGGGGAGCCCCUCAAUGUCAAUGUCCACGUCACCAACAACUCCACCAAGACUGUCAAGAAGAUCAAAGUCUCUGUGAGACAGUAUGCCGACAUCUGCCUCUUCAGCACCGCCCAGUACAAGUGUCCUGUGGCUCAGAUGGAGCAAGAUGACCAGGUGUCGCCCAGUUCCACGUUCUGUAAGGUGUACACCAUAACCCCCCUGCUCAGCAACAACCGUGAGAAGCGUGGUCUCGCCCUGGAUGGGAAGCUCAAGCACGAGGACACCAACCUGGCAUCCAGCACCAUCGUUAAGGAGGGCGCCAACAAGGAGGUGCUGGGCAUCCUGGUGUCCUACAGGGUCAAGGUGAAGCUGGUGGUGUCUCGAGGCGGGGAUGUCUCCGUGGAGCUGCCUUUUGUUCUUAUGCACCCCAAACCCCAUGACCACAUCACCCUCCCCAGACCCCAGUCAGCAACCCCCCACCCCCCCACUCUCCUCCUCCCCUCAGCUGCUCCUGAAACAGAUGCCCCUGUGGACACCAACCUCAUUGAAUUUGAUACCAACUAUGCCACAGAUGACGACAUCGUGUUUGAGGACUUUGCCCGGCUUCGGCUGAAGGGGAUGAAGGACGAGGACUACGAUGACCAGUUCUGCUAGGAAAGGGCGGCUGGAGGAAGGGAGCGGAUGGUGCUGGACGAGUUCUGCUAGGAAGGGCGGCUGGAGGAAGGGAGUGGAUGGUGCUGGGAGACGUAGGGGCAGGACCAAGACCCCCACUGUCACUGGGGGGGAUCCCAGCCUCUCUUCCUUUCCCCUCCACCCAGCGGCUUCCUCAACCAACCCCUCCCCUCCCUCCCUCCCCCAUCCUCCACCAGAUACACACUGGACCCAUCUCUUGUGGAUCGUGGGCAUUAAUUUUUUGACUACGGCUGUGCUUCCCCAGCCCCCCAGUGGGUGCCAAGCUGGGUUUGUACCUAAAUUUUUUGGAGGGGGACACUGAAGAGGAUAGUAGGGAAAGAGGGGGAAAGAGCUCCCACAUUCAACCUCACACCAACACCCCCUCCUGUCACUAUCUCUGCCUCCCAUUCCUUCAGGAUGAGACCCUUUGGGGGGCAAGGCCAGUUCUUUGCUUCUGAGCAUAAAGAAGAAAAUAAACCUUUUA